GCUGAUAAAGGUUUAGUCGGACUCCAACCCCGCCCAGUCGACGUGGCCACGUCCCCUGAAAUAAAGUGGACUUAUCAAAAAGUCAGCGCUCAACUUUCCUCGUCACCUUCCUCGCCUUCUUCUGAGUGCAGCGAGAUCACGCGGAGGCAGCCUAUCACGUACCGGUAAUGGGCUCUUUACUUUGGUCCAGGAAAAUCUUCCAGUUUUUUCGAGUGUUCGCUCUGGAAAGGCUUCUUUUCAAACUGAGGGGAUAGUUGUUAUUUGGGCAGCUCAGGGCCCAAAUAACCGUGUUGAUAACACCCAAAACGCCAGGAGAAGCAGCAAUCUGGCCGACAGCGAGCUCUGGACGCAGCGAGUACAGGUGAAUACUGUUAAAGUCCCAAGGUCCUGUAAAACAAGCAAGUCAGAAGUGGAGUUCGAACGCCUUGCAACAAUUGCUGAGCCGUGCGUAAAAUGCGUGCGUAAACUUGGUGACAUUUGGAAUAAGUCAAGUUCGUGUGGUGCGAUUUGGAAAUAGUUUGGCAAACAUGGCAAAAUGGUUCAAAGACUUUCCCAUCAACCUGAAGAACGGCAGCGAACGAGUCCGCUCGGCCUCCGAAUCGGGCCCACAAUCACGACACAAACCGUCGUUCUCCCGCGACAGCCUGAAGGGAAAUCUUCGUAAGGAUAAUGGAGUGGCUGCUCUGCUUGCGGGCAGAAAUAGGAAAAAUUCGGCCACGGAGUUGGGCCGAAACCACAACGCUAACUCUGCGGGUGGAACCGUGUGGGAGACCCUGGCGCCUGGAAAAAAUCGGAAGAGCUCCAAGGUGGAGGCGCCCGAAGAGAAGGUUCAGGUGAGGACCACCAGUCUGGCUCAGGCGUACAUCAGCAGAAUGAUCAAAGUGGACAAGCAGGAAAAAAACCCCAAACUGAACGGGAAAAGUGAGCAGACAAAACCCGACACCGACAGUGGACGCUCUUCCAUUAAAACAACGCUGAUCAUCCUCGAGGACUAUGCAGAUCCUUUUGACGCAGAGAAAACCAAAGAACAGAGGGAGGCCGAGAGAGCAGGAGUGAACGACGGUUACAUGGAGCCUUAUGAUGCGCAGGUCAUCAUCACUGAGGUUCGUCGUCGGGGCUCCAAGGACCUCCUCAAAGUGUGCGUGUUGCUUGACCGAGGCCAGGCAGCAGGCAACGGAGAGGAGGGCAAGCCCCCGCCGCCCAACAUCUACGACACGCCGUACGAAGGCAGACUGGAGGGCGACAGCGAGGGCGUGUGGAUCCCCGUCACACGGCCAGAGUCUGACAUCCGUCCGGCUGCCGAGUACGAGCUGCCCUGGGAGUGGAGGAAGGAGGACAUUGUUCGAGCCCUGUCAGCCCAGUUUGAGGCCGUGGAUUGUUCUCCUGUUAAAGAGAAUGGUCGCCAGCAGCAAACUCUGAGGCAGAAAAACUGGACCCACAAAACACUGGUGUCCACAUCUUCAUCUUCCUCCUCUUCCUCUCUCUCCUUCCCCUCAUCGCCUAUCCUCAAACUUUCCCCGAUAACAACCUCAUCCCCAUCAUUCCCCACCCUGAGACUCUCGCCCUCUUGCAGCCCCAACAAGCCUCCCUCUCCUACCUCGCCGCACGCCCCACUGGAUGGGGAAAUGGCCAAAGUGGACCCCAGCUUGCCACUGGACAAGCAAAGCUGGUACCAUGGCAGUGUGAGCCGGCAGCAGGCUGAGGCUCAGCUGCAGCGCUGCAGGGAUGCCAGCUUCCUGGUGAGAGACAGCGAAUCAGGAACCAGCAAGUACUCCAUCGCUCUCAAGACCAGUCAGAGUUGCGUGCACAUCAUCGUGGCCCAAACAAAGAGCAGCAAGGGCUUGGGCUACACUCUGGAUCAGAGUAGCUGCGUCUUUGCCAGCAUCCCCGAGCUGGUGCACCACUACUGCACACACAGACUGCCCUUCACAGGGGCUGAGCACAUGACCCUGCAGCACGCCGUGCAAAGGUCACAUUUGUAAUGUGCGUGAUACGUGUUCUCAGGGAUGAGCUGCUGAGGAAUCCCCUCUUUACCAUUUUGUUUGAGGCACUGAGUCGAUAGAAACUGCUUUGGAAAAGUGCAAGCUAAUUAGAUGAUGAAGGAAAGGAGUAAACUAGACUGACAACUGAUUAGCUCAGAGAACUGCUCCUUCAUUUAAAGAAAAACUUUUACCUUACAUCAGUGUUUCCUAAAUGGUAAUGAGUCACGGCACACAUUUUAAAUUAAACAAACGAACAAACAAGGGAAUACACAGGUUAAUAUGCAAUUUCUAUCACUUAGUGGAAUAAUAUCUAAUUGUUCCAUCUGUCACUACAUGUUACUCUCAUCUAUAAAUGAAGAAAUAUACAUGAUUUGUACAAAAAAAAAAAAAAAAUUCAGACAGAUUAAGUGAAAUUGGCUCAUUUCCCAGGACAGUGGUUGGGGAUCAGUGCAUCAGGCUUCUUGUAGUGAAAUCUAACAGUCUACAUGUGAUAACAGUGGAACCCCUAAAGUUGAAUGUCCCUUUAAAAAAAACCAUCAACACAGAAGUCAUGAAACUUCACAGUUCAAACCGCCGCCAUGAACACAAUCCUCAGCAGUCAGUAAAUGGAUUUGUUACAGCUUUUUGUGACAGAAGAAAGGGUAUGAAAUACAAUCUGUGACAUGAAUUAAGAUGUUUUGGACAGUGAAUGUCCCACAACUUCUGCAUCCAUCUGCCGUUGCCUCAUCAAAAUAUUUUCCUUCUUCUCUCCCUUUUUCUUAGUUCUCCCUAUCCAGAGGUAAUUCAGAAGCUCGUCUCACCAAUUUAUAAAAGUGGGGAUCUUUCUGCCUUUUUUUUUAUAAUUGUUUACUCUUCUUUAUAAAUUAUAUAAAAUUUAUAAUUUUUUUUUUUGGGGGGGGUAGUUGACCUAGCAAUUUGCUGCAUUCAGUGGUAGAAUGAGAAGCCCCUAUUCACAUGACCCCCCCCUCUUUCGCAUUUUUUUUCUCAUUUUCUGUGUCGGUCGUAUGUAUACACCCCACGUACACAAUGAUGGAUGAAGUUGUCAUACCAGAAGUGUAACAGCGGUAGUGUCUGGCCUGUGUGUAGAGGACUGCCACUAUGCUGUUACGAGGGUUUGAAGUUUAACACUCUCGGUUCUCUCAAGCUGCGUAGAAAGCAAUUUCUGCUGUCCCACAAAUAUUUUAAAUCACACUAAAAGUUGGAGCUGAUGUUAUCUCACUAUCUGAACAUGAAAAGCUGUCAGCGAUGCAUAGAGUUGCCCAAAAUUGUACUGAAAUAAGAAGACUCUUCCUUUAGAAUAAUAUAACUUGAAAGCUAAAAUUAGUCUUCAGAUAAUUCUAUGAGUAAAUACCCAAUGCAACAAAAAAAAUGGUGGAUAGGGUCACUUUUACGAAAACAAAUUUUGUAAAAUAAUACAUAUUGAGGCGUGUCACAACACAUUCUAUUAAAAAACAGGAACAUGUUUUCUCAAGUCUGAAGAGCAUUUUUAAGAUAAAUUCAAGAUUCAGACAUUUUUGAUAGCAGCGCAUGACAUACUGUAGCGUUUUUUUCCUCAAAGUGUGUCAAGUAAAUAAAUUGGAUGCAAGGUCAGGGAUGUUGUGCCUCUUCUGACUACGAGCCACAGGCCAAUAUUUUUUGUUUCUGCUGUACCUCAUCUAAAGGUGUCACUGAAAACUUUGAUUCUAAGUCGGGGCGUCAAGACUGUGUGUGGUCAUGUGAUGGCUUGUGUUUGAUUUAGAUUGAGUCCGAUGUUGCCAGGGGGUUUACAUGUCGUGACGUGUUUACGUCACAUGACAGCAACUGAGGGACACAUUAAGAUUGUGUAGAUACAAAAAAAGGUAGAGAGCAGAAGGCAGCUCAAUAAUGUAGUGUUUCUUCUUAACAAAAAUACUCGGGUUAAAAUUGAGUGUUUUUU